UCCCUCCAUUGGACCACCGCCGCCACCCACCGUCCCGCCGAUCCCGCCGCGACCUCCCCUCCCCUCCCACCUCAAGCCGCUCCUCCUCGCCGCCGCCACCCACCGUCCCGUCUGACCUCGCCGCCGCCACCCACCGCCCCGUCUGACCUCGUCGCCGGCCGCUGCUCCCGCUCUCUCCUCCCCCCACACCUGCCGCCCCCUCCCUCUCCUCCUCCCAUCAGAAGAGAAGAGGGAUCUCGCGCGGAUCGCCAGGGCAUCGAUCUGGACCUUCGUCUGCACGAGGGGACGGCUGCGUCUCGUCCUCGUCCCACCUCAGGCGGGGUCCAGAUCGAGCCGGACUCGCGUCGUCGUCAAGAGCCGACCUCGACGGAGAUGAGAGGAACCCUUCUUCCUCCGUCUUCCUUCGACCUCGACCUCGGCAUGUCGCUCCCCAGCUACUCCGACUCCGCCAAGGUCGCCUACGUCCUCCAGGGUAUGCGCCAACGACCGAUCCCCUCUUGCGCUCGCGCGUCGUCUGUUUAUUGUUUCGCUCGGAGUUCGAUCGAUCAGAACUGUUUGGUGAUGGUCUGUGCGGGACAAUCAAAUUUUGGGUAGUAGAUCCUCGCGGGUCAAUCGAACUUGUUGGUCAAUCUAGUUUAGACCCGACAGCUGCCCUGAUGUCUGCCAUUUACGAGGAGAACAAGGACGAGGACGGCUUCCUCUACAUGACCUACAGCGGCGAGAACACCUUCGGAUUGCUCUAGAUGGCGCUGGCUGCCACGGCAAUCGCUCUGAAUGCCUCCUGUAAAUAAGGCGUGCCAAUCAACUGUGUAUAUAUUCCGGUUUGCCUCGUCGUAGGAUCUUUAAAUUGCACAACCAAGAAAAAUCUAUUCGUGUCCUGACUUAUCCUAUUUGAAUGUUCUGACUUAUAUAUUAUAUAUCAAGUAAUUGACUCUGAAAUACAAUAAAAUCUACUGCUCCUGCGUUCAUGCAUGCCGGUGUGGUUAUUUGUUCACUGCUAUUGAUGCAAUGUUUCAUAGAUCAGUGUAUAUCUCAACGUUGCCAGUAAUAAAUCCGGGCGCUGUUGCGUUGUAAUUCCUUGACUAAGGUUGCCGACAGCACGCGGGCCUUCUGUCUCCAGACCAUGAGCCUGGACUGGUGGUGACUUCUGCUCCGUUUAGGUUCUGUUGACUGGUGGUGUUGCAAUGCAGCGCGAGAGGGUGUCAGGACGCCGCAGUGGUGAUCCUGGUUCUUCUCAUCACCAUUGUUCUAGCCUAUGGGCAAGAAGUGAAUUGCAUACCUAUGGUUAUCCAAAGACAAAAUAUUGCAAACAGAAUCCUGCAAUUCAUUUUCCAAAACUUCAGUUAGUAAGAUUGAAAUUUGACAGAGUCAUGGCUCUCCUAAAUUGAGUUCAGGUGAGAGAUGCUUCGUGAGUUCAGGUGAGAGAUGUUCACGAGUUCAGGUGAUAUGAGAUUGAGAGAGAGAGGUGGGAGAGGCUUGGGCUGGGAUGAGUGAGAGAUUGCUAUUUCAUCUGCUGGAGAUAGAUUGAGAGAGAGAGGGUGCUGAUUAGUGUAGUCUGUGAUUGAGAGAAUGCUUGCUGCUGCUAUUUUUGCUUACUGAUUGAUUAUACAGUGAUUGAGAUGCUGCUAUUUGUACUUGUUGAUGUUAUUGUUGCCAUCCGAUGCAUAUUGUUGUGAUCCGUAGCUUACGCCUUGCCUGCAGGUGUCGUGCUGGCGACCGGGCUCGGAGCGCUCAUAUCGAAGGUGGCCGAGCACUGGUACGAGCUCUACAAGAUGGACAAGCAGGGGGCCAACCUCUGGUUCAUCUACUGGUGGGAGGACAAGGUCUCAGGGUUCUGAGGCUGCAGCCUGGGCACAGGUACUGCCUCCUCGGCCAGCUCUCCAAGGAGGUCGGAUGGAACUACGCCGACACCAUCAGGAUGUUCGGGAUGGCGGAGAAGGAGAUGGAGUACCGGGUCGAGCUUUUCAACCGUUAUAUACAUCGAGGGAUGCCAUUGUCUGUGAAAGAAGAAAUUGCUUGCACUUGUCAGACGGAUGAGGAGCCUAAAGUAGCUUGACAAUUAUAAGCCUGGUGUUUAGUGUUUUACUGCUUCAGUGAUUUCCUUGCGAACUGCUAUUCCUUCAACUAUGACAAGUGAUUGCCACGAUCUGCACCCGCUCGGACGCACCCCUGGAAGUGUCUUUCUGGGGAGAUAGGUUACCUUGACCUGAGAAUUUACCCUGACCGGAAUUGUGGUUAUUGCAGGCGAAUUUGGGGCUGAGGAAAGAAGACGAGGAGCAACUUCUCUCUGGUCUGGUGGUUGGAACUUCAGGACAAGGUGAAGGUUUUCAAAUGUUGAAGGAGCAGGACAAUAGGAACUUCUGUGAUGUCUUGUCAUCUAUUUUCUUUUCUUUUCUGUAGAAUAGUUUUGUUUGGCACUUACUGGUACCUUGGAUGUAAAGAUAUGUACUGCUAGAACGAAUGCGUGUAAGGAUAUUUUGGGCUCCUAUAACAUUUCAUGUUGCUUUGAAAAUGUAUCGGAACUGGGCUAGGCCCAAGAUAGCUUGUAGUGUGAUGUGUUGUAAUGUCAAUGGCAUAAUAAAAAAAGUUGGACUGGAUCAA